AUGAAGAAAUUUCACAAGAUUUAUUCAUCAUUUUCGUUAUCUUACCAAUUCUUGCGACACAUGUGUCUUCGCAAACACAAUAGUUUUAUGGCUCCACAUGAUCGAAAUGUUAUCCAUCAUGAUGUAAAAUGUUGGAAAUAUUAUUCAACGAACACUUUUGGAAAUCACAAUGAAAGUUCCUCACCAGCAACAGACAAUGUCUCAUCAUCACAAAAUAAUCAUCAAAAUGUGGAUCUCAAAAAACAAUCUCGGGCUCACUUUCAACUCAUGCAUAAAUUAGGACAACUCUCUUCACGAGCCAUUACCAAUCAAAAAUUAUCAAAAUUCGAAGAAGCCCUCGAAGAUUAUAAGAAAAUUAUUGAACUUCAACCCGAUUCUGUAUUUGCCUUGUUACAAAUUGGGCAUUUACUUGCUUUUGAUUUGAAACGAAAACAAGAAGCAAUCCCAUAUUUUGAACAAGUCAUUCAACUCACCACUCCAGAUUUUGGAAACAAUGGUGAAUUGCAACCUCAUGAAUUGGACGAAAUUCGAAUGUUGGAAAUUGAGUAUCAACCCAAAGCCAAUUAUUUUCUCACAAAGGUUUAUUUGGAAAUGGUCCAUGAAAGCUCAUCGAUGAGUGUUCAAGAACGAACACAACUGUUGGAAAAGGCAAAAGUAUCCAUCGAUCAUGCUGUACAAUUAUUGCAUGAAGUGAGAGAGGAUUUAGAAACUCCUAUUGAAGUGUUACAACCUUUUGAACAAUUACAGGAGCAAGUAUAUCAAGCAUUGAGAGCUUAG